AUUCUGUUUCUCUAAACCCCCGAAGCACCUCGAUAGCGCUACCAUCGCUUUCAUUGCAGACGGGCGACGGCCAGACGCAAAUAAUGGCGUCUUUAAAGUUGAUCUGGCAAUGUUUAUUUGCCCCCCGGCUAAUCAAAAUAUAUGGCGAAAGAAGCACUGAGGGUGUUUAUCAGGCUAAUUAUCAUGCCAAUAAUUUGGAACGAUGGGGUGAUCAAGUAAUACAUUCUAUAUAUCUUCUUAUGAAUUUGGGUUUGUACACAUCCCCCUUACUAGCUACUAUUCUCUAUCGGAGAGGAUAUCUUCUCUUCGAUAGUCUCAUCACUAUGGCCAAAGUAUUGACAGGCCUUGGAUUGACAUUAGCAGCAGCAUAUUGUUUUAGGGGACUAGGGCGGGCAAACAAUGCUGCUUAUCUAGAAUUUGAAGCUGCUCUAAAUGCUGCAAUUCACAACCUUAACAAAGACACAAAGAAAGCUAUCUCAAAGUAUGAUUUUGAAUUUUCGGGUAUGCCGGUUGAUUUCAGAUGGAAUGACAUUGAAGGAGAUGAGUCGAAGCAACGUAUAUAUGCUAGAAAGCCCUCAUCUCGGCGUAGUCCUGUGGAUCAAUUCAUUUCACUUCCAUGUCAAAUUGCUGCUUAUUUAGCUGCUCACACAUUUGGUAUCCGUUUAGUCUUUCCUGGAUCCAUUUCACUUUUAGGCUACAUUAUGCGCCCUGUGUUGCUUGAAGGUCGUAUUAAAUUGGUUGAAGAAAACAGUGGGGUCCGGUUCAAACUUCGAACAAGGGACGACAAUGAUAUUGAUUCCUGUUUUGUAGAUCGCCGUAAUAGGACUGUUAAAGGCAAUGUUCUUGUAAUCUGUAGUGAGGGUAAUGCUGGCUUUUAUGAACUCGGUAUAAUGGUUACGCCACUGGAAGCUGGUUACUCAGUUCUUGGCUGGAACCACCCAGGCUUUGGUGGAAGCACGGGAAUGCCUUAUCCAGAGCAGGAGCUGAAUGCAGUGGAUGUUGUAAUACAGUUUGCCAUUCAUGGUUUGAACUUUCCUGUUGAAAAUAUUAUAUUGUUUGGAUGGAGCAUUGGAGGCUAUGCAACUUCCUGGGCUGCUAUGAACUACCCAGACGUUAAAUUAGUUGUUGUAGAUGCUUCUUUUGAUGAUAUUUUGCCGUUAGCAAUACCACGGAUGCCCAGUGCUCUUGAACCAUUGGUGCGCCGAACAAUUCGAGAUUAUAUUAAUUUGAAUGUGGCUGAGCAAUUGAUUAAAUAUCCUGGACCAGUACAACUUAUUCGAAGAACUGAAGAUGAAAUCAUUUGUACUGAGGAAAAUCACCUAUCUACAAACAGAGGCAAUGAUUUGCUUGUUAAAUUGUUAAAAUAUAGGUAUCCUCUGCUCAUGACAGCCGAUGUAAUGAGAAUUGUUAAUGAGUGGCUUGCUGCAGACGUCAAUGGCCAAAAUUUGCUAUGGCAACACUACAGAGUUUCUGAAGAAAAGAAGCGCAUUCUAAACUACUUCUCAGAGCACCCAGGCCUGUACCCCCUUCGAAUUGGUGAUGAGCUGGAUACAAAUUCCAAGAUUCAAAUUGUGCUUUAUCUUUGCAGGAAGUAUAUGCUGGACCUACGAUCAUCCCACUGCACUCCACUCCCGGCCUCUAUGUUCAAUGUUCCAUCAGAUGAUUCAGCUGAGCCUAAAACUAACCAGUUAUAGCCUUGUGUAUCUGUAGAUGUAGGAUAUUUUCUGUAUCCCCCCCCCCCCCCUCCCUUUUUCAUUGUUAUAAUUGCCAAUCAACUGAUUAGUAGAGAAAUGUGUUCAUUUUUAAGUUUCUGUGUUAAUUCUUAAAGAUGCUAGAAUUUCUGAGUGUAGUUAUUAAUUUUCAGAUAUAAUCCCCUUUUUAUUUUUAACAGUGAGAUUUACCAUGCAUUGUAAUGACCUAUUGGCUUUUUGAAAUAUUUGUUUAUUACUCUUCAUAAGUUAUUCUUUGUUGCUCUCAUAUUUGUGUUAUAAAAUGUCAUACUUCAGGAAAUUUUAAAUCCCUUUCCAGCAAGUGUGUAAGGUUCUUGUAACAGCCUGAACUACACAUUAAUAUUUUAUGUCCAGGUCCAUUGGAUUGGGAUUUGGUCUCUUUCCAAAUAGAUAUACUGAAAAUGGUUUUUCGAAUUCUAUAUUUUCAAAAGCCACUCAGCCAUCGUAUUUAAAUUCACCAUUACAGCUGUUGGUAUACCAAUCAUGUGAGUAAAUCCUAGUCAAAAUGUCUAAUUGAUAAACUUGGGGUUCUAAUUCAGUCAUGUAGAUGAUAUACCUAAACCUGUUGAUUUGUGACCAAUAAAUCAUUCCACAUUUUCUAA